AUGAAAACCGCACGUGCGACAAAGCAGGUGCGUGCGCGCCGGGAGGACCGGAGCCCACUUCUUCCCGUGGCUCGGAUGCGAGCCCGGGAGCUGCUCACUGGUGGUUCAACUGGUCCUGGGAAGGGCCGGCCGACCCGAAAGCCAGUACCGCCAAACGAGGCGAUGGUACUUCCGGCUCCUGGCCGGAGUACUCUGGGAAAUAUGGGAAGGAGGCCUGACGUGGUGCGGGACCUUGCGCGCUUCUAUCGGCUUAGCAGCCCGGUGGACCUACUGGCUGGCCACCGCCACCAUUGUUUUGGGGAUGCUGCAGCUGACCUAUUGGACCUACGUUUGGGUGGACAACAACUCCCCUACGACCUCCUGGUGACUGACGGAGUCGCCGUGGCCAGAAUGAGGCAUGGAGCCAUCCGAGGCCGCACCAACAGACAUGGGUUCCUUUGCCGCUGCGACAGCGUGCACGGGGCCUCGCAUAGGCGCGGUCCGCGCCCGGGUAGCGAAGAAGAUCGUACCCCACGACGCGACCUUUCCGAGACAGAGUCGGAGGAGGAAGAUAACCCGUGUCAAGCGGAUGCCAUUGCUUGGAAGGAGGGCACGCAGAUCAAGAGGCUCAGCAAAGAGCGCUGUAAAGACGCUGCGUGCACCUGGGUUAAGCUCCUCAAUGACGAUGGGAUUCAGAGCAGUGGCGGUGAGCUGCAUUGGGACGGCUUACAAGCCAGCUGCCAGCUUUGCGCGAGGCACCAAGACGAGGGUUAUGCCUUAUCCAAAUCCCGCAGAGCUUGCUCUGUAGAAGGAUGUGAAAAGGCAGCCCAGACGGAUGUCACGCCCAAGCGCGGCGCGCAAAACGAGGCCGCGGAGCUGCGUGGAAUUUCCUCCCCUCCGCGUUUGAACGGGGCUACAUCAGAUGCAGUACACUUGCUGCCGGAGGCUACCGUUGAGGACCAGGUCUUGUCAGGUCUUACGUGGGAGGAAAUUGCGGGCAUUCCAGAUGAGGAAAUGAGGAAACGGGCAGUCUCGCUCAAACAGAGGGGCUCUUCUGAGGCCUCGCGCCCAAGUGAAGCGCGACGAAAACCUACCCGGAGCGAAGAUCCGGAGUUGGGCCAGGCGCUCUUUGAAUAUCUGGAAGCUCGGCAAUUAGGUGGUGCCUUGGGAACGCCGGAGGUGCCGACCCAGCCUAGCGUUGGCAAUUAUGGGCUAACGCGCCCAACUCCCCAGUCUCUCUUUCGGCCCAACCCAGCGGGGGAGAACCACGGCGGCCGAACGGAUGCGGUAGAUGCCCUUGCUCAUGCCACGCGGGCUUUCCGAGCGGGAGCAUACACCGACGCGGAGGCCCCUGCCGCGGACGAAACUACGAAGGCGCUCCAAGCCAUCGCCAAGAGCCUCACCUCUAAGGAAGACGCCCUCGCGCAGGACCGAGGCAAGCUGGCAUCGAUUGGACGGCUGGAAGAACGGAUCGUCUUUUUGCUGAGGGGGUGUGACACUUUGAGUGUCACACUGUGUCCCGGAGUGGUCGGGAAGGAACUCUUCCACGCGUUGCGUAUCGCGGGUACUCAGGCGAGACCGCAGCUCAGAAGGAUCGAGUUCCCCUGCAACAUCCAGAACAGACACAGUUAUGGGUUUGCGGCUGUCCAGAUUGGAGGCAAGUCCCCCAACACCAUCCCGGAGUACUGCCUUUCGGCUGGGGACUUUCCGCUGACCUCUGAAGAAGACUUUGACAAUUACGGCGGCACGCCCGAUCUUAAGCUUGAAAAGAAAGGGCGCUACCCCAACACCCUCACGUCCUGGUUCCGCGCCGCUCUUCGCCAGUCCUGGGCCUUCGCGUGCCUGUUCGGUGAAGAGUACUAUCCUGUGCUGGAGAAAGAUGAAACCCCCACAUUUGCUCGCCUGAAAGUCUUUGCCCUGUCUCCCGGGCCGGAUGGCCAGCCGUGGCUGCAACUUCCGGGAACCUUUCGGCUUGACGAUGAGACCCAGUACUUUUGUACUGACAUGCUACCGCGCAUGCAGAGGCAGUUGUCGCGCGCCUGCUGGGCCGGCGCGCAGAAAAGGGGGGCUGGUGGAGGCGGCCGCGCUGCCGGUGGGGGAGAGCAAGCCGAGGCUCGAACCGAGCCUGGCGACGCUCCUGCCCCACCGCGAGGCGGCCGGGCGGGAAGCGAUGCCGCUGGUGGGGCUGGGCCACCCAAGCUGUUGGGACCCGGCCUCACCCCAAAGGAGGCUUCCAGAUCACUGGACCACCGACCGAAGGAUCAGCAGGGCCAGUACCUUUGUUGGGACUACCUUGGCCACAGGGGAUGCAACAAGGGCAGCGCUUGCCCGCAUUCACACAAGGCCAUACCGAAGUGGACCAGCUUAGACUAUACUGUCCAGCUGCAACUUCUCCGUCGGGGCGGCCUCCGAAACUCAAAAGCCAAAACCUCGGAAGAGGUGGAAAGGGAGUUUACCCGCAUUCGGGCUGAGCAGGCCGCAAAAGCUGCAGCCUCCAAGCAGGAGGGCAUCGCUGCUGCCAAGGCCAAAGCUUCCACUACCCAGAAAGCCGGUCAGGCCCAGACAGGAACUGGCAACGGCACUGCCGAGGGGGCCUCCAGGGCAGGCGAGAGGACGCACGAGGACGCCUUGACGGAAAGAUGGUGGCAGGACGUCGAUGCCAAUGCCGCGACCCUCACUCGCUCCAGCGCCAGCUUUGAAGAUACAGAGCGGGCCGCCCAUAUGCGAGAAGUCGAUGCAGCUGAGCAAAACCUUGGCCCUUACCCUUCUGGGCUGGUGGGAGUGUAUUUGCGUAACCGCUUGCUGAGACAGCGUGAGGAAACGAACCAGGCUCCGGGGCUUGACGAUGUUACGCAGCUCCUUGAAGAGGCGGUUGCCUUGGGUGGCCCCGAGCUCGCCGAGGAAGCUGCACGCCUGCUUGAGGCUCGCGGCUUGCACCGCAAAGCCGGCGAGUCCCCUGUUGUGCAGCUCUCUCCUGUUACCUGGAACUCGUCCAUUGGUGCUGGCACUCUCACGUGGAAUGGUGUAGGACAGUGGGCCAUGUUCGACUACCAGGACCAGCUGCAGAUACCGCCUGACUUCUGCGACCGGCUUGGGUUUGCGACUGCUGAGACGGAGCCCAAACAGUGCCUUUUGCUCCACGUUGCGGCCGCUUAUCUCAGUGCGCCCGGGGCGCCCCUGCCUGGCGCUGAGGCGGUACAGGAGCUCGCUGUGGAAUGGCGAGAGCGCUGGUCCUGCCAGGCGCGAGUUGUGGAGGACUCUCUGGGGCCCGUGCCUUCCCGGAUUACGCAAGCCGAAGCUGACGUCCGAGUGUUCCAUCACGAUUUGCUCCACUUCGGGCACGAUCGGGACUACCGCACUCUGGUCGCGCACCCGCUCGACGAAUGGGCGGAGCUGGGGUUGGCUGUGCUGCGCGUUGACGCCUAUAUGCGUCCCAGCGUCGAAGUGAUUUGCGGCAGCGGCUACAACGGCCUUGCAGAGCACACGCGUUGGGUGCUCAUUCAUCGGGGGCAUAUGCGCUUGUUGCGCCCAGACCAGCCUUGUGUGCCACCCCUUGGCAGCCGUGAAAUAGAAGCCGCCGGCUGGGAAGCCUACCUGGAAGGAGCCGAGGGCUCGCCUUUGCUCGAGGCCUCACGCCUCCUCCAGUGCUCCGCGCAGGACGCGGCGUGUCCACUGAGGUCUCUGCUGCCUUUGCUCCCUCCCGCGGGUCACCCUGUUCCGCUCUUGGUUUUCGGCACCGCGGACACCCACGUGUCUGCUGACGGUGCCUGGGGCCCCUUGCCCGACGCGGCCGCCGUUGCGUCGGCGAUUGUACCUCUGCGCCUUGCUGCUGCCCAGCUGCAGGCCGGCGGUCAUUGCGUCAUCGAGGCCCCCCUUUAUCGGCGGGCCUGGGCCGACAAAGCCACCCGCGUACAGCUCGCGGGGGCUGCGUGGCAUGCCGCGCGUCAGGCGGGGCGGCUGUUUGGUCUUGACCCGGGCGUCACUAUGCUCCGCGCGUCGUUUCAGUUCAGCCUGCCCGUGUCGGCCGUGCUUGCGGCCCUCUGCCCGGGCGGCGGGGGGGGAGAAGGAGACCCUGCUGCCAUUUUGGGCAAGGUUCAAAGACUACGAGAAUGCUUCGAGAGGGGCGACACUCACAGCGAUGUCGAGAACUAUGUCGAGAGCUCGGUCCGCUGGGGGAAGCUGUUCCCUCAGUCUGGCCCCUCCGUGGGACCGGCGCCCUCUUGGCUCCCAACUGAGCUUCCUAAAGAGACCGCAGAAGCCGCCGAGAGCUACCUUCGUAGCGUGCAUAAUGUGCCCUACUCGCUGGAGGCUGGAAACACGCUGUUGGGGCUCUGCGGUUCGCCUGGAGAGCAAGAGGGGAAGACCAUUUUUCGGGUGUGCCCAGUCUUGGCCACUAUCGAGUUUUCGGAGUUAAAGUGGCAGGCUGCUCCGCCGCACCCCGAGGAGAGGUUCUUCGGAGCAGUCUCCAGACAGGACAUCCAGACCGCCCUGCAGAGCAUCGCGGCGUCUUUGGGUGAGGACGCGCAGGCCUACACACCACACUCCUUGAGGCAGAUGAAGUUGCUGAUGAGAGUCUUGAGGCAGAGGCUUUAG